CAAUUACGUUGCCAUAACUCUCUACAGUUUAUUUAAAUCGUCGGAUAACGGACGAGUCAACGUACGCCGGUCCUGCGUGAUCAUUCGACAGUACACUUCAGAUAAACAAGAUGUCAGUGACGGUUGAGAAGAUUGUGGAUCCUGUAGUGCUGGGCGAGGGUCCACACUGGGACGAGAAGCAGCAGGCGCUGUUCUUUGUCAGCAUCCACGACCGUACCAUCCACAAAUACGUGCUAAGCACCAAGGAGCAUACCAAGACUAAACUCGAUGGUCCAGUGGGUUUCAUUGUCCCAGUGGAAGGCACAAGUGACCAGUUCGUGGUUGGAGUGGGACGUAAGUUCCAGGUGGUGCGGUGGGACGGUAGAAACAACAGCCCUGCUACCGUAGUUAAGGAGAUUGGAGAAGUAGACCAACAUACAAAUCCCACUACGAGACUCAACGACGGGAAAGCAGACCCGAGGGGCAGACUCUAUGCAGGCACGAUGGGCCACGAGGAGCCUCUAGGCGUCUUCAUACCAGAGCAGGGCGCUUUCUUCCGUUUGGACGGUAGCAGAAUCAUAAAGCUGAGCGACAAGAUUGGGAUAUCCAACGGUCUAACUUGGGAUCUAAAGGAGAAGGCUAUGUACUACAUAGACUCGCCUGAGUUGAAUAUCAGGCGAUAUGACUAUAAUGUUGAAACAGGAGAAAUUUCAAACAUGAAACGCAUCUUCGACUUCAAGAAAAAAGGAGUGAACGGCACCCCUGAUGGUAUGACCAUCGAUACGGAUGGUAACCUCUGGGUAGCAGUGUUCGACGGAUCUAGCAUCCUCCAGAUAGACCCGAGAGAAGGUAAAUUGCUCAGACAGAUAUCAAUACCGGCUAAGCAGGUGACCUCUGUUACAUUUGGCGGGCCGAACUACGACAUCUUAUUUGUUACAACUGCAAAACUGAAAAUUAACAAUGUGGAACAGGAGCCCCCGUGUGGAGCCACCUUCAAGGUAACUGGUUUGGGAGUCAAGGGAUUCCGUAAUAAUAAUUUUAAGUUGUAAAUUUUAUAUAACCUCAAACUUAUUCUUGUCCCAGCAUAUUUGGAUAAA